AUGUCCGACUGGGAAGAGGAUGAGGGUGGCGCUGGUACUGAGAAAACUGUCCCAAAAUUUGCUCCACCUGAAUGGAAAUUGCCGGUUGAUAACUUCGGGAAAGGAAACGUGCAUUUUGGCGUGAAAAGAGGAUCCUCAUUUGGAGAGUUCAGGAAGGAGAGAAGCAACCAUGGUAACGAGUGGUUGGAGUUCAGGAGCUCGAGAGGUGGAAGAGAUCGCGGAGGUCCUCCUGAUGAACGUCAGACCGUCGUGCGUGAGAAGUCCGACAUUUCCUCUGCCGUGACCAUCGCAGUGGAAAAUUCUUCAGUUGGGAAAAUAAUUGGUCGUGGAGGAGCGAAAAUCCGUGAACUUGAGGAAAGCAGUGGUGCGAGAAUCAAGGCAAGUUUUCUCAUGCUUAUAAACAACGGCGACUAUGAAGGAGAGGUGCUCAUCUUUGGAUCCUCUGCUGCUCAGCAAAAGGCCAAAGAAAUGAUUGAGGACCUGAUGGCAGAUGGCUAUGGUUCUGGCAGAGUACAAAACCGUGAAGUGAGCUCUGCAGAUCACCGCAGAGGAAGAGCAGAUGGAGGGGUUAGAAAUGACUCUGUAUGGUCUCCAGGAGAAAUACAGGCUGCAAAGGAUUCGUCACCCCUUCCAGCCAUAGACUGGAAAUUCAUACGAGAGAACAAGGAAAAAUAUGAAGAGCUCAAGUGGAAAGACCUGCCUCCUUUGAAGAAGAAGUUUUACAUUGAGGCAGAGUGUGUGUCCAUGCUCUCACCCGAAGAAGUCUGUGAAUGGAGGAAGGAGAAUAACAAUAUUUUUGUGGAUGACCUGAACGAAGAGGGGAAAAAGAGGCCAUUCCCCAAUCCCUGCCGCACAUUUCUGGAGGCCUUUGAGCUUUAUCCAGAGAUAAUGGAAAAUAUUGAACGUGUUGGCUUUACCAAACCAACCCCCAUCCAGUCUCAGGCCUGGCCAGUGCUGCUCAGUGGAGAAGAUCUGAUAGCGAUUGCUCAGACAGGAACAGGGAAAACGUUGGCCUACCUGUUACCAGGGUUCAUCCAUAUGGACGGGCAGCCUUUACCCCGUGCUGAGAGGGGUGGUCCAGGCAUGCUGGUGCUGACUCCUACCAGAGAGCUGGCACUACAGAUUGAAAUGGAGUGCAACAAGUACCAAUAUAAGGGAUACAAAAGUAUCUGUAUCUAUGGUGGAGGCGACAGGAGAGGGCAGAUCAAUCUGGUGAAGAGGGGCGUUGACAUAGUGAUUGCUACACCAGGCCGACUAAACGAUCUACAGAUGAAUGAGCUCAUCAAUCUUCGUUCCAUCACCUACCUGGUGCUGGACGAGGCUGAUCGGAUGCUGGACAUGGGCUUUGAACCACAGAUUUUGAAAAUUCUGCUGGAUGUCCGUCCAGACAGACAGACUGUUAUGACCAGUGCUACCUGGCCCACAGGUGUGAGAAGACUGUCCAGAUCCUACCUGAAGAACCCCAUGAUGGUGUAUGUGGGCACCCUUGACUUAGCAGCAGUUAACACAGUGCAGCAGGAAGUGCUGAUUGUUAAUGAAGAGGAGAAAAAGUCUUAUGUUUUUGACUUCAUCAGAAACAUGCUGCCCCAGGAUAAAGUCCUCAUCUUUGUGGGAAAGAAGCUUAUUGCUGACGACCUCUCAAGUGACAUGUGUCUGCAAGGUCUGGCUGUGCAGAGUCUCCACGGUGACCGUGAGCAAUGUGACCGUGAAGAGGCUCUCAAGGACUUUAAAGAGGGCCGGGUUCGUAUCCUGGUUGCCACAGACUUGGCAUCUCGAGGGUUGGAUGUUCACGACAUAACGCAUGUCUUUAAUUACGACUUCCCACGGAACAUAGAGGAAUAUGUCCAUCGCGUGGGCCGCACGGGCCGAGCAGGACGUUCAGGUGCUGCUGUAACCUUGGUAACCAGAGAAAACUGGCGGAUGGCUCCAGAGCUGAUACCCAUCCUGGAGCGAGCAGGACAAGAUGUCCCUGAGGAGCUGGUACUCAUGGCCGAAAGAUACGAGAAGCACAAGAGGGAGAAAGAAAUGUGCUAUCCGGCAGGGGGGCAGGGACGAGGAGGAGGAAGAGGAGGAUGGGGAAGGAGAGAUGGCGGAGGAAGAGGUGGCAGGGACAGAGAAAAAAACUGGGGCUUCUAG